AUGCAACAUUUAAACAAUAAUCAACAUGAUCCGAACUCCAAUAAUAAUUUAAUUAAUAAUAUCGAUAAUAAUAAUAUUAUUCAUCAUGAUGGUGAUGAAAAGAUUUUGCAAGAGGAAGAAGGCACAACAAAAAACAACGAGGUUACAAAACUUUCACCCUUUUUAAAGCCUUCCUCACAGAGAGAAUGUGAGGAGACCAAGUAUAGGCUACAGAUUUUUCAUCCCUCCUAUACGACCUAUGUUAUGAAUAAUUUUUCAAAUUCACUGAAAGAUAAUGUGUGUGAGUGGGGACAAUAUUUGGUCGAUGAUUUGCAUUUCAAAUUGAUUCUGGAUGAUGGAAAUACAUUGAUUGUGGAGAGGGAGAUUUUCAAAUCGAGUUUUGUAAAGAGUUUGAGAGGAAAACUUAGAGGACGUGUGAAAGCGAUGGAGGAUUGUGGAAAAUCGGUGAAUAAUGGCAUUAACAAAAUUAUUGAUACUGAAUUUAAACCCUAUUCGAGUAAGAAUAAGCAAUGUCUUAUCAAUUUCUAUGAAAGAUUUACAUUGAGAAUUGUUUUUAAAAGAAAACCUUCUAUACCUAAUAAUUUCAUAUUGGCAAGUGGACAAACGUUUUAUUUGUAUAAUGGCUGUGUAUCUCACUAUCCUGGAUUGGACUGCAGAUCAUCAAGUGAUGUGUCAGAUCAAGUAUUUGGUAUAGAACCUAUGAUUACACAUUUUGGACUCACAUCAACAGUUUGUGAUUUAAUGCUUUGCACAAUUUUACAACACAGAAUGCCAAAAUAUUAUUUUGAAAAUUAUAGAGUUCCUGAAGAUUUAGAUCAGGCACAAUAUCUUGCUCUGGUUGAUGUAUUUUACUAUGAAAUGUUAAGCUCUGAAACUAGGUUGAGUGUAAUUCCUGUAUUCGUCACCCAGAAUUAUCUCAAUACUCCAUUUGAAUUGUUAAAGUAUGGUUUAGAAAUGAGUUUUGACAUUCUCUAUAAUCAACUAUCCACACAUAAAAAGAUUGGUCUUGUUGAGAAACUGAUAGCCACCUAUCUCAAUCAAGACUUCACUCCAGAACAUGUAGAAACCAUUCAUUCCCUUUCCUCUCUCGAACGAAAAGAUUUGAAAGCAAACAAAUACACAUCAGUCAGUAUUGAAAAGGAGAGUCUGAAAUUUACAGUUGUUUGUUUGGAAACUGUUACAACAAUUCAAGAGAAAAAGGAACAAUCGAUCACACUGAAUGAUAUCAGUGAUAAGAGAGUGAAAAUAGUGACAAUCAAACUCAUGGAAUACACCCUUCAAUUGCCAAACCUAUUCAAUGGAAAUACUGUGGGAAGUAUUAAAAUAUCAACCAAAAAUCUUUCCUCUGCCACCACCAACAAUGGUCAACCAACACAGCCAGUUCAACCAAAUCAACCAGCCAACCCACAAAAAUCAAAUUGUUCAUUGCUUUAA